GCUCAAAAGGGAAACCCAAGUAGAUGUGGAAGUAAGGGAACAUGAAGAAGUUUAUGGGAAGAAUGAGGACAGACUAAAUGCGUGGAGAGCUGCUUUGACUGAGGUCGCCAAUCUUUCUGGCUGGGAUUCCUGGAAUUAUUCACCUGAAUCAACUUUAAUUGAUUAAUCAUAUACUGAAGAAGUCCGUGUAUACAUCUUCAAGUGUUGACAAGGGCUUCAUAGGAAUGGAUUCCCGCAUUCAUGAUCUAAUAAGCAAUUACAUAUAUCCACAGCUUGGUGGGGUGCGUUUUAUAGGGAUCCAUGGCAUGCGGGGCAUAGGUAAGACAACACUUGCUCGAGCUAUCCAUGAUGAUAUUUGUCAGGAUUUUGACCGAACCUGCUUUCUUUCCAAUGUUAGAGAAAUGUCUAAAAACAAUGGCCUAGUUUCUCUACAAGAAAAACUUCUUUCCAAAAUCCUGAUGGCAAAAAUUAAAAAUAUAGAGGAUGAAUACACAGGAGCUGCUAUGAUAGGAAGGCGGUUGUGUAGAAUAAAGGUGCUUGUUGUUAUUGAUGAUGUGGAUCAGUUGACAAAAUUAGAGAAAUUGGCUGAAAGUCGCAACUGGUUUGGUCCAGGGAGUAGAAUCAUCAUAACCACCACAGAUUUUCAGUUGCUAAAGGCACAUGAUGUUGAUGCUACAUACAAGGCUAACGGGUUAAACUCUAAUGAAGCACUUCAACUUUUGAGUUUGAAGGCUUUUAAGAAAUUUCCCCCACCAGAAGAUUAUUUGCACCUGUGCCACCAUAUUUUAGGGUAUGCUCAGGGGCUUCCAUUGGCUCUCGUGGUUUUAGGUUCUUUUCUCUUUGGUAGAAGCACUGAUGAAUGGACAAGUGCAACAGAUAGGCUAAAGAACACACCACAUAAACGCAUUAUUGAGGUGCUUUGGAUUAGUUUUGAUGGACUGGAUGAAAGGGACAGAGAAAUAUUCCUACAUAUUGCUUGCUUUUACAAGGGGAAGGAUAAGGAUCGUGUGACACAAAUACUAGACUAUUGCCAGCUAGACCCUGUCAUUGGUUUAAGUGUUCUUGCAGAUAGAUCUCUAAUAACUUUCUCCAACAACGAACUGUGGAUGCAUGAUUUGCUACAAGAAAUGGGCUGGGAAAUUGUUCGGGAACAGUCUCCUAAAGAGCCAGGCAAACGUAGUAGAUUAUGGUCUCAUGAAGACAUCAACGAUGUGCUGAAGGGAAAUAAGGGAACAGAUUCAAUCCAAGGCAAGGUAAUGGAGUUGACUAAAUUACAAGUGGCUCAUUGGAAUCCAGAAGCCUUUUCAAAUUUGUCUCAACUGAGUUCUUAAUGUCGACCUUCCCAAAGGCCUCAGUUGUCUUUCUAAUUCCUUGAGACUCCUCGAAUGGACUGGGUAUCCCUUAAGAUCUCUCCCACAACAUUUUGAAGCAGAUGAACUUGUUGAACUUAACUUGUGCCACAGCAACAUUGAACAGCUUUGGAAGGGAACAAAGAAUUUUGAGAAGUUGAAGUUUAUCAAACUCUGCCAUUCUCAAAACAUUGUGGAGACCCCAGACCUUGUAGGCGUUCAGAAUCUUGAGAGUUUAGAUCUUGAAGGAUGUGAGAAUUUGGUAAGAGUCUAUCAAUCCCUUGGAUUUCUCAAAAAGCUUAUUGUCCUGAAUCUUAAAGGUCUCGAGAGUCUGCCAAGUAGAAUUGAAAUGGAAUCUCUUGAAAUAUUAAUUAUUUCUAGCUGCUUAAAAGUUAAGAAGAUUCCUGAGUUUGUUGGAAAUAUGGAACGUUUGUCGGUGCUUUAUCUUGAUGAGACUGCCAUUGUGGAACUGCCUGUGUCAAUUGAACGGCUAAAUGGCCUUGUGUCAUUGAAUCUGAGCAACUGCAGAAAUCUUGUCUGUCUUCCGAUUGAAGUCUAUUAAAAAUCUUAAUCUUUCUGGAUGCUUGAAACUCGGCAAACAUCAGGUAAAUGUGGGGGAGAUGGACUGUUUUGAGGAAAAUGAUGUGAAUAGUGGUUCUGCAAUAGAAAUGUCAUCUACCCAUGAUCUCAUAAAAUAUGUGAGAGGAUCAGUCUUUCAUGGAUGCGAAGUAGUUUGGGGAUCUGUAAAUAAGUUCUUGCCUUCUGGAUUGCUGCAAAAAGUAAAUACAAAGCCAAUGAGUAUCCGCUUGCCUAUAUCUGGUCUGUGUAAUUUAACAUAUCUGAACCUAAGUAAUUGCAAUCUUGGUGAAGGAGCAUUUGCCAAUGAAUUUGGUUACUUUCCUUCUUUGGUGACCUUGAAUCUAAGUGGAAACAAUUUUGUUCGUCUUCCUUCAGGCAUUGGAUUGCUUUCUAAGCUUGAGAACUUUAACUUGGAGAAUUGCAAGAGACUUCAAGAGUUGUCAGACCUACCAUCAAAUAGUAUACUGGAUUUAAGGGCGGAUGGUUGUACUUCACUGAAAUACUUGUUUGAUGCAUCAAAUUUGAACAGAUUAAACAAAUCAUAUUUCAAUUUCAUCAAUUGCUUCAAUCUAAAUGGCAAUCAAGGAUGCAAUAACAUAGCAUUUGAAAUGCUGAAGACAUUCAUUUAUCAGGCAAUCUCCAAUAAGAGGGAAACUUUUCAAAUUGUAAUUCCUGGAAGUUAUAUUCCUGACUGGUUCAACCAUUGGAGUUUUGGGUGUUCAUUAAGUAUAUCUUUACCUGCACAUUGGAAUAACAGUCAGUUUAUGGGAUUUGCUUUGUGUGCGGUUUUUGUACUCCAUGAGCACCAACGGGUGGAUGAGCUUUAUACAUAUGAAUUUAAGACUUUUAAUGCAACACAUCAUCUUGUAUGUUGCCUGAAGCUUGAUGGAAGAGAAUUGGGUGUAUAUGGCAGACAGCCUGCAUUUCGCUUUAGUGAAAAAUUUUGCCAGGUUGAGUCAGAUCAUCUGUGGCUAUUCUAUGUAUCUCGUGAUAAAUACUUUGGUAUAGAGUGGUGGCCUAACAGUUCCAGUCAGGUUGAGUUCUUAUUUGAAACCAGAGGGCCAGGUCUGAUGGUGAAGGAGUGUGGAGUCCAUCUGAUAUAUGAGCAAGAUGUGCAAGAAUUGAACCAAACAACCACUCAAUGAAGCAGUAGGAUGUCUUCUUAUGAGGAUAUAUUGAUUGGUUUUGACAUUCCAGUUGCAGGGGAAAUCAGUUGCACUGGUAGCAGAACUUGCACGGUAGAAGAAUUGUAGGACUGGCAGAAAUAUAGGGGAUCCACCACUGGCCACUACAAUUGAGGGCUUUCUGAUCCCAUUGUUGGAAAUGAGUUGCAGAACAUGAAUGGCCAAUGUCUCCUCUUCUCUCAAUUGAAUUUCUGCAGUAAUUACAUUCUGGAGCUCCCUUGCCUUCAUCUUUUGCAGUUAGGGGCUGGUGCCAACUUGGUUUCAGGGACAGCCCCAAAACCCAUCUUUUUGAUGUUCAAGAACCCAAAUCACAACGGUCAGCCCCCAUGUCAAAGACUUCAAGAAAAACUCCUUGUGUCUUCAACUUGCAAAACCAUUUCGACAUCAGAUUCGAUGUGGCAUGGUAAAGUCAGCAUACAAGGACCUGUUUGCACUAAUUGUCGUACCUCCAACGACAGCAUCAAAGUUCUGUCAAGUACUUGCAUGUAUAGAUUAUGAGCAUGCACUUCUGUACACUGACUAAAGAUGUGAUUUUAAGUUUUGCCCCAAGAUAUCAUUGAUAGACCAAAUCACCGUAAGUGCCAGCACUGAUCCCGUCAGACUUUGAGAAGGGCAUGAAUUCAUUAGGACGAGCAUACAGUAAGAUUUUCACAGUAGCUGUAAACACAUCAAUACUAAAUCCAGUGAGAAUAGUUUUUAUUUGUAAUCUGAUCUUUCAUUACCUUAACCAAAUUGUUGAAAGCACCUUCACCCUAUUCUCAACUUUUUACCAUUUGUUGUGUUCUCCCAUGCCUUGGGGACAGACUCUGAAUCUCUAAGUCCAAGGUUGCACCUGGAAUUAAUGGAUACACUCCAGCUACCACAAUUUAUCAUUUACUAUCUGAGAAGUUGGUGAUUGAAGUUGACCACCAAUAAGGCUGCACUCCAGCUAUGCCUUCAAAUCUGGUAGUUGACAAGGCCUUGCAAAUAUAUGGACCAUGAUGGUAGACCUGCAAAGUUUCAAGCUUCGCCGAGUUGAAGUAAACAUUUGUUUGGCUUUUGGCUUCCAUUGAUAUCUCUGGUCCAAGGAUGGCUUGCAAUUCAUGUUUUGUCAAAUCUAGAGCUGUGCAAAUGGACAGAGAACCAUCAUAUAUUUGACAAAGCAUAUACUGGAUCAUUGAUUAGAAGGGUACGGUGGGUCUCUAUAUCAUUCAAAUUUUAUUGCAAAAUCUCACAUGCUAUGUUGUAUGACCAAACCUGAACUUCAAUUAUUGUACCUAGCACAUGAUUCCGUCAUAUAUAUGCAAUAUCAUUUGGCCUACUAUUUACCAUAUAAUGUACUUGGCUCAGUGUAAACCUCAUCAUCA